AUGGCAGCUGCGCUAAAGACAACGUUUGCGCCUAUUCCGAUACCGACGUCGGGUGUGGAGCGAUUCGACGUGUGGAAGGAGUUGGAGAAGUUUGAGCAGGAAGCGGCGGUGCGUGCGGUGGUACCGGCGCCGGUGUCGGGACCGGAGGAGGAGCAGGCUGCGUUGUUCUUUCCGGGGGAUGGUCGUUUGCUGCCAUCGAUCCGUGACCCAAUUUAUUACGGUGAUCAAUCGGACAUUUUCGACGAGGAGGACGGGAGUCCGUCGACUUCGGGACUGGAGGAUGAGGGGGAGGAUGAGGGAGACUGGACGCAGCACUCGCCGUUGCACAAGGCGCCGUUGGAUGUCGCGGCUGCGAAUCUCGCUGUAGCGCGGGAAGGUAGUCGCGUUGAGAACAGCCGCGUAGAAGGCGGCCGCCUCGAGAACAGCCGUGUAGAUGACCAGCACGGCCACAGCUUCGCCGGCGCAUUGCUCGACGAGAACCCGCGCCCCCUGAAGCCCAACGUGUUGCCACUGGCCUACAUGUCCGGCUACACAAAUGUAGCCGUCAAACUCUCCGUCAAUCUACCGAGGAACGGCUGCCUCACGAUCCCCGACGACCUAAAUCCGUUCUUUGGCGCGGGCAAAGUCUUUGUGCGCUGUCGCAGCAGCGUGCUGUCCUACCUGUCGGCCAACGCGCCCACACCUCUCUACUCGCUCCUCUCCCCCUACUCCUUCGCCACACAGGGCAACUCCAAGUUCCACUCGCGAACGGCCGUCUCACCGCUCUUCCACCUCCUCGCCGUCGCAGAUCCCAACGCCACCUGGGUCCACGUCUACGAACACCGCCACCGUCUCCAAACCAUUGAUUUGCCAUCCGUCCUCCUCAACCGUUUCGCGGGCCAGGACCGACUCGACUUCGUCUGCCACAGCGCCACACCCCUUCUCGCCUGGCACCGCAGCUCACUCACCCUCGCCGUCCAGUACAACAACUUCUUACUCGUCUUCGACUACGACGAGGAGAACGCCGCGUCAACAAUCAACGGCAGCAGCGGCCGUGGCAACGGCCUUGGCAGCGGAGGUCUUGGCAGCGGUUUUGGUCUUGGUAGCGGAAGUCUUGGUCUUGGUAGCGGAAGUCUUGGUCUUGGUAGCGGAAGUCUUGGUCUUGGUAGCGGAGGUCGUGGUGGUGGUCGGCCCGCGUCAGGGGGGAAGUGGCAGUGUCGCGAGGUGAUUCAGUCGAGCGUGGCCCUUUCGGGCGUGGGUUGGUUGGGAGAUUGUCUGUGUUCCUUUGUGCAGGACGAACGGAGCAAUCCGCCAUCGGUGUUGCGUGUAUGGUCGUGUGCGUUCGCGGACCGGCUGGCCGAGGCGGAAGCCCUGACGCACAAUGACGUGACCAACUUCCUCAGCCGCCCUUUCUGCCAUCGCGCGGCCGUGACCAUCCUGGACUCCUAUGCCAAGUCCAUGUGGAAGGUCUUUGAAGGUCUGAACUCGCCCUCGCCGGUUUUCGAGUGGAACUUAUUGCUCCUCCUGCAAACCGACCAGCCCAAGAAAGUCAAGAGCGUCAUGAGCUCAGCUUACAACCUGGGUUCGAAACGCAGGACCGCCCACACCGGGGGGCAGAGCGCUGGUGGGCAGAACGCCGCGGACUUGGCCACCGACAAUUUCCCGACCACCGCCGGCGAAUACGUGGACCUGGACGCCAACUGCCUCUCUGUCCGUGAGAUACACCCCGAGCCCACCGGCCGCUACCUCGCCGUCUCCUGCGGCAUCCAAACCGAUCAAUCCUCCGAACAACUGCUCGGGAACAUCUACGGCAAACUGCAUAUACUGUAUCACACUGGCGAACUCAGCGUCGAAACCGAGAACACCAAAGAGGCCCAGCGCACCCAGGACGACCCCCUCAACACCUCCGGCAGUUCCAAGUUUGCCAAAAAAGACACCGGCAUUGUCAGAGACGAAGCCCUCAAAAACCUGAAUAAACACCACCAUCCUCAUUAUGGUUGUUUGCGGUCUGGAUUGCGUAGUUUGUUGCGGCGUCGGCACCGGGGUCAGCAGACGAGUGGGGGCGUACAGAAGCGGUUGUCUGCGGAGCCUAGUGCGUUGUCGAAUUUGACGUCUAGCUGGUCGUCGUCGGAGAGUGAAUUGGAGCACGUCGAGUUCUCCAAGUCGCCGGUUCAAGUCACGGACGUGUCUGCGUGCGAGUUAUCGCACCCGGCACCGUUGACGGGUUGUGCGUGGCUGGACCGGGGGCCUGCUUUCGAUGACGUGUUUUGUCCCGCCUGCGUGACCUCACUGGACAUCAACGGGCGCAUCACGAUCUGGACCGAAACCUCAGUUGACCACGAGCUGCUCUUCGAACCCUUGACCUCGUAUCAACUUGACGCGCUCCACCACGGCUUACCCGCCCCGCCACUGAAGCCCUACUACAAAUUCUACGAAGACGACCGCUCACUCCCCAUCAUGUACCACAACGACCUGUCUACUGCACACGGUGCUUCCGCGCACGGUACUUCUGCACACGGUGCUUCUGCAAAUGUUUCCGGAAACGUGUCCGGAACUGGCGUUGGCGCUGGCGCAGUACCUGGGCCCGGUGCUCGAUCUGGAAGUGGGCUGGGAGUUGAAGCCGCCGCCGGGUCCGGAGCCGAGUGGUGCGGGACGGUACAGGACUACCGUGCGUGGUGGCGGGUGUUAUUGGAGGACGCGGUUAAGGACAGCAGUUUCUUGAACAGUAACGUUGCCUGCGCGGCGAACAUGGUCUUUCUAUCGAGUCACCGGACAGGCCGGAUGGGUGCGUUGUUGGAUUUGUUCUUGAAACGGUUCCAGGUGCAGGCAAACUUGAUGCCUCUGGCGCCGGCGGACAACUGCGUGUUUCGUCCGUGUUCUCACCCCGCCGAGUUGGCGGUGGCCGCGGCCUCCCUCGGUUUGUCUCGGGCCCGUGGCGUCGGUCUGCCGCUGUCGGAAGUGUCGUUGGGGCAGCCAUUAGAAGGCCAGGAGUCGAUUGACUUUUUGUUCCUCUUAACGCCCGACCACGCGCUGGUCGUGCUCGCGCUACGGAACGUAGGCAGCCAACCGCAGUCCAAGAGCGGUAUCCGUCUCUGCUGCGCUCGCGAAGACCUCUCUAUACCCGGCCAACACGGAAUCGCUUCUAUUCUCCAAGCAGACGCACUUGACCCAACCGAUUUGACGGACGACGCCUUCUACCCCGCCCCACCUGUACCCGGCCUCAGUGCCGCCGGCGACUUUAAAGUGCCUCACGACUCACUCAUUCUCCCGCCUUGCAGACUUCACGCACUCGCCUCCAACGACACGCUCCUCACCUACCGCAUCAUCCCGCAACUCAGCUUCGUAGCCUCCGACGCCACCGGACGGUCCAGCCAUGUAACCGCCCCUCUCUCCCGUCUACCCUCGUGGAACUUCACUGUGUAA